CUCUGCAACAGAACGCGGAAAAAAGGUAUGAAUUUUCUCUCAAAUUUUCCGGAAAAAGAAAAUGGGUUCUUAGGUUCCCAACAGGAAAAGGGUUCAAGGGUUCUGGGUUUUUCUUGUUUUUUUUUUUUGGUUGAUCCAUUUUGGAGUUGUUUGAAGUCGAAUUUGGUGGGUGGUGGGUGUUGUUGCGAUCAUGUGGGUCUAGAUUUGCAGUGUGUUUUGUCGGAAAUUCGGGCUUUGUUAGGGUUUUGGAGGGAUUUAAUUUAUGUGACUUGUUUUUAUGAAUGUUAUGCCUUUGUUGUGUUGCUGAGAAACGGAAGGAAAGUGAAGGAAAUGAGAGGAAAGACAGUUUUAGGUCUUGGAGAAAAAUUAAGCAAAAAACUUGGCAGAAUUUUGUUUUCUUGGGCUUGAAUUAUGGUUUGAAAUUGUAUGAUAUUUUAUAUUUUCUUUGAAUUUCUCAGCAACUAAACAAAAUCUAAUCGAGUUUGUGAAUGUUAUGGCUUGUUUGGUGAAAACCCGAGGGAAAAGGAAGGUAAGGCGAAGCACUUUUGGGUUUUGGAGAAAAAAUGUAGUAGCGAACGAGGCCGAAUUUGUUUUUUUGGGGUUUGAAUUAUGGUUUGAAAUGGUAUUAUAUUUUAUAUAUUUUCCUGGAUUUUCUAGCAAACCAUAAGAAGUGCAAUGAAACUUGAAUGGGAAAAUUUGAAUUUUAUGGUACACAGAAUUAGAGCAUUUUUUAGGGUCUUGGAGGGCUGAUUUGUAUAAUCUAUUUUCAUGAAUGUUAUGCCUUAAUUUGGCUGCUGCGAAAAGAAGGGAAAAGAAAGGAAAGAAGAGAAAAAUUUUGGGUUUCAGGGAACAAUUAAACUCGGUGAACCAAUUAGUUUGUGCUUAAUUGAGUGCACUUUUUUGGUUCCUUGGUUGUUUAAUUAUGGUUUGGAAUUUCUCUUCAGUUUUCUCAGUGACUAAAUGUAGUUUAAUCAAACUGGACUCCAGAAUUUGUAUUUUACAGUGUACCUAACAUAGGCUAUUUUUUCAGGGUUUUGGAAUGGUUGAUUUGUGUGACCCGUUUUUAUGAAUGCUGAACCUUUGUGUUUUUUUCUGAGAAAUGGAGGGAGCUCAAAGGAAAGGAGAGACAAUUUUGGAUUUGAGGAAAAAUUGAACUCAAGUAAUCCAAUUGGCCUUGUUAGCUCAAUUGACUGAAAGAUGUUUGUUUCUCUGUAUUUCUAUCAAAAGUCUAAAUGGGUCUGAAUUUAUCUAAAUUCUGAAUAGAACUCCAUAAAGUGUUAUUUGGACUUAAGAUUCUGGAUAAAAGUUAAAAAAAUUAUUACUUUCUGUAUUCAACCAAAAUAUCUAAAAAAAAUGUAUAUAACUUAAGAAAUAGAAAUUACUGAAACAUCUAAAAUCUGUUAAGACUUAAGAGGAAAAAAUGAAAGGGUCUUUUGUUUUAUUUAUUGCUUAAUUAUGUUUUGGCAUUGUGUAUUUUUUCUAUUACCUUCUUUCAUUUUUCUCAGCAACGAAAUAUGUUAUAAUUAAACUUGACCUGUGAAUUUGUGAUUUAUGGUAUCAUAAACUUUGGGCUAUUGUUUAGGGUUUUGGAGCAGUUGGUUUGUGUGACCUGUUUUUCUGAAUGUAAUACCUUUGGAUGGUUGUUCAGAAAUAGAGGGAAAGGAAAGGAAAGAAAAGACAAUUUUGGGUUUUGGGAAAAAAAUGAAGUGGAGUAAGCAGAAUUUGUUUCUUUCAGUUUGAAAUUAGGAUUUAGAAUUGUGUAAUAACAUGAUCAAACUAGACUUAAAAUAUUGGAAUUAUAUAGGAGCAUUAAUUACUUUUUUUUUCAUUGUUCUCUCAUUUUGAAAGCUGGAAUUUUGCUACUUUGUAUCGUAUUCUGAGAAAACUGGGGAAGAGUAAAGAGUAUGAAUUCAAUAUUCUGUGUGUGCACUCUAUUGGUUUUUAAGCAGUGAAAUUCUCACCUGAAGUAAGCCAAGUAGUUGUAAACUUGUGAUAAUUUUAAGUCAGGGGAGGCUUUUGUUUUUUGAUGUCUCAAAUAAAUGAAGAAAACAAUAAAUAUAGUUCACAACUCUACUUUCUUCACUAUUUUCCUACUUUUUUUCCUCAAUAAUCAAACUAUUAUUUGUAUUUUUUGGUUCCUGUUUAUGAAAUCACAAAAAGAAAACAAAGAAGAUUAACAAAUUUGAGAACUCAAGCUGAUUAGGAUUUGGUGUUUUCUGGUGCAUAAUAGCAAGCUGAGGAAAAUGAUUAAGCUGCAAACAUAUGCGGGGCUUAGUUUAGUUGCUACUCUGGCUGUUAUCUAUCAUGCGUUUAACAGUAGAGGCCAGUUCUACCCAGCUACAGUUUAUCUAUCAACGUCCAAAAUCAGUUUGGUGCUCCUCCUCAACAUGGGUCUAGUCAUCAUGUGCAUUCUGUGGCAACUAACUAAGCGUGUUUUUCUUGGGUCCCUACGAGAAGCUGAGGUUGAGAGACUGAAUGAGCAAUCAUGGCGGGAAGUCAUGGAAAUACUUUUUGCAAUAACUAUUUUCCGACAGGACUUUUCAGUUACUUUUCUUGCUAUGGUUACUGCUCUUCUGUUAAUCAAAGCUUUACAUUGGUUGGCCCAGAAGAGAGUUGAGUACAUUGAGACAACCCCUUCGGUUCCUAUGUUGUCUCAUAUCCGUAUUGUAUCAUUUAUGGGCUUCCUUCUUAUCCUGGAUAGUCUCUUUCUGUACAGUUCUUUAAAGUAUUUGAUACAAACACGGCAGGCUUCAGUUUCCCUCCUCUUUUCUUUUGAGUACAUGAUACUCGCAACAACAACUGUGUCAACAUUCGUAAAAUAUGUUUUCUAUGUCAGUGACAUGCUUAUGGAAGGACAAUGGGAGAAAAAGGCUGUCUACACCUUUUACUUGGAACUUAUACGAGACUUGCUUCACUUGUCUUUGUAUCUGUGCUUCUUUCUUGUGAUUUUCAUGAAUUAUGGUGUGCCUUUGCACUUGAUUCGGGAGCUCUAUGAAACAUUCCGUAACUUCAGGGUCCGUAUUGCUGAUUACAUUCGUUAUAGGAAGAUGACUUCAAAUAUGAAUGAUCGUUUUCCAGAUGCAACGCCUGAAGAACUUGAUGCAAGUGAUGCAACCUGCAUCAUUUGUCGUGAGGAGAUGGUUACAGCCAAGAAACUAAUUUGUGGACAUCUUUUUCAUAUGCAUUGUCUCCGUUCAUGGUUAGAGCGACAGCAUACUUGUCCUACUUGCAGAGCCCUAGUUGUACCCCCUGAAAAUGGGACAACUACUGCUGGAGGGCAACAUGGGCCACGGUCUGAUUUUCAUCAAGCAAGUACAUCCACACAGGGUUUGACUGGUGAUGUAGCAGAUGAUAAUUUGAAUUGGCAUCGGGCCAGACUCCAAGCUGCUGCUUCAGCUGCCGCAAUAUAUGAAAAAUCUUUUGUGUACCCUUCUCCAAAUACACUAGUGUGGUCCCCUGGAUAUGUAUCACUCCCCCAGGCAUCUGGUGCCACCAUGAACUAUGGAGAUAGACUCAGUGGUGAUCUAAACAUACCGGGCUCUCAGAUGGAAGCUCAGAAGAAAUUUCUUGAAUACCAUAUUGAGGUCUUGCAAAACCAGCUCCAACUUCUACAGAAACUAUCGAAACCAGAGGAAGGCAUGGGCAUGGCCCCCACUGCAUCAUCAGCUGGCAAGGGAAAGGACGUUGCUUCUUCAUCUUCUUCUGUUCCAGACUCGGGUCAUCAUGGAGAAAUUGAAGAAACUGAUACAUAGGCCUCAACUCUCAUUUAGAGAUGUGUAUCGCAAGGAGACUAGAGGCGGUGGAUAUAGAAGAAACACCGAAACAGGCAUAGUGUUUUUCUCUGAAAGCUGUGUUAGUCACCCUUAUACUUGAGGUCUGGUAAUAUCUCUCAAGAGGCAUUGUAUGAAUCAACUUUCCCUUAUUGAGUCUUGCAAAGAACAUUGCCCCAAUUACAAUACCAGCUUGUGUCAAAUUUUCUAGCAGACAGGGCUCAGUGUAAGAUGUUCAUAUGCAGCGCUGGGCCAUACAUUAUGUUUUUCUUUGAUCUUUUCUUUCCUUUCACUUUCCCCAACCUUACUUAAGGUUCUUUAGUUUUGUUAGUUGACAGGAUCGAAUUUUGCCAAAUUUGUGCAUUGCUUCUCCAGUUUA